CCGCUUGGAGAAGGAUAAAAGGGAGCAGGAGGGAGGAGAAGUCAAUGAGUGGAGCUGUUACGCAGCACUGAAGCUAGCAAAGAGUCUACUGCAAACAUUGCAAAGUACAGACAGCACAGAACAGAAGAGAGAACACUGUCUGGCACCGUGCCCCAAUGACCAUGAAGAGCAGCAGCAAGUCCUUCCUGUGCCUGGCCAUCCUCCUGGUUGCCAGGGCAGCCCUCUGCCACGCCGUCAACAGCCCGCCCGUGUCUGAGCUCGGCGCCGACUUCGGGAUCCGCAUCUUCCGGGAAAUUGCCGCGUCAGCCGGGGACCGGAACGUGGUGUUCUCGCCCUACGGUGCAGCGGCCUUGGUGGGAAUGGCACAGCUGGGAGCAGCCGGGAACACACUCGAGCAGCUCCAGGCCGCCAUGGGAUACAGGCUGGAAGACUUCGGUGUACCCAUGGCCCUCAAGCGUCUCCAGAAAGAGCUCACUGCCAAGAGCAACCGGGACAUUGUCUACGCGGCCAACAGCGCAUUCAUCCAGAGGAGCAUGCAGCUGCCCAGGGCCUACCUGAAGAAUUACCGGAAAACAUACAACGGCUGGCCAAAGCAGGUGCACUUCAAGGACUCCAAGAUGGCCACCUACAUCAUCAAUAAAUGGGUGGAAAUACAAACCAGAGGUAUGAUCCCUCACUUUCUCCGCCCGGGCAUGCUGGACCCAACUCUGACCCGCAUGGUCCUGCUCAAUGCCGUCUACUUCAAGGGCCUGUGGAAGAUUCCGUUCCCUGCCGAGGGUACACAUCAGCGCGAGUUCUACAAGGCAGACGGAACCAAGAUCCUGGUGCCUAUGAUGUCGCAGAGCGCCAAGCUGAAUGCCAGUGAAUUUGUGACCCCCAGCGGCCUGGACUACGAUGUCAUUGAGCUGCCGUAUCAUGGGGAGACCCUCAGUAUGUACAUUGUGGCUCCAUAUCAGAAGAAGGUUCCACUGUCCGCUCUCACAAACAUCAUCACCGUCUCGCUGGUCAACGAGUGGAAGGACAAUCUAGAAACAGUGAAACGCUAUCUAGUCCUGCCCAAGUUUUCCCUGGAUAGUGAGACAGAUCUGAGGAAGCCGCUGACAAACAUGGGAAUGACAGACAUGUUUAAUGCGGGAACAGCGGACUUUACUAAGAUCAGCAAAACUGAGCCACUGUUUGUGUCAAAGGCUCUGCAGAAAGUAAAGAUUGAAGUAAACGAGAGCGGGACCAAGGCCUCUGCAGCCACUGCUGCCAUCCUUUAUGAACGUAUGGCUCCUCUUGAAGUCGUUAUCGACAGGCCCUUCCUAUUCUUGGUGCGACACAACCCCACAGGCACCAUUCUCUUCAUGGGACAAGUUAUGGAGCCAUAGAAAGUGACAACUAUUCUGAAAAGACAAUCCUCAGGUAUCAUAUCUGUAGAAACCCACAAGGAAGAUACAGUACUGGAAUUAACUGGCAGAAAAAUGUAUAAUGAGGAAAGGAAGAUUUGGGAUUUUAGCUCCAGAAAUGAUGAUCAUUUCCCUGCCUGAAACUUGCUCAUAUAUAACCAGCAGUGACUUCUGAACUCCAGCCUUCAUUGAUAAACAUGGUCACGGAAUGAGUGAUCUGAUUCAUUUCAUAUGUCCUUCCCUGAUAUUAGACACCUUACUUGCAAAGUCUCGCACCUGGACCAGCUACACCCACUCGUUGUCCUAGUGAAAUAUUUUGAUGCUGUCUCAAUUCAAAAUGUAUUCCCAAAGUUUUUGUGUAUUGCUGUACGAAGGCAACCCACCCUCCUGCUCUGUCUGCCCCACCCGAGAGCUCAUUGCUAUCGAGUUCUGAACCCCAGUGCACAUUCUGAUGGGAGACACCCAGCUGUCUUCUCCCUUUCGCUAAGCUCUGAGGCACUUGGGCCAAUUGUUGUAGCCGAAGAACUUGCAUUUACACACAACCUCAAGACGGCUCAGAGCGCUUUACAGUCAGUUAAGUACUUUCGAAGUGGAACCACUGUUGGAAUGUAGGGAAUGCAGCAGCCAAUUUGUGCACAGGAAGCUCCCACUGUGUGAUGAUGACCAGAUCACCUAUUUUAGUGACUUGGUUGAGGGAUAAAUAUUGACUGGGACACCCCUUCUACCGAACCUAUCAUUUCUGGGGCCUGAGUUCAGCGAAUCCGAGUUCAGUAAUCCCCCACGGACCAGGGAUCAAACCUUUUGGAUGAAUUUGGCUACACAACACAUGGUCCACUUGCACUUCCGGGUCACCAGGGGAGAUGUUGUGAUGAACAUCAUUACCAUAUUCCAGCAAAACCUCCCACAACUUUACCCUCUUGUAUUUUCCGACUGGAGGGAGCACUUAUUGACUGGACGUGCUACAAUGACUGUAAGCAAUGCAGCCACGGGCUGCUCGAAGGGGUUUGGGAGGGGGGGUGGUGUGGGUGGAGGUGGUGGGUGAUGGUGUGCUGCAGAUCACACCUCACGAAAUAUGGAGUAUGAGGAAAUACAGGUGUUUACUUGUAUGUCACCACACUCCGUAGCACAUUGGAUGGGAACCAUUAACAAACUGUGACACUGCUCUCCUUGAACUCAGUUUAUUUCCCCAUGGUUUUUAUUUUUGUAUAAAUUUCCGAUUUUUUCCACUGUCAGUUCCCACACUGUUUGUGACUGCCCAGAGCUGACCCAAUAUUAAUUUCCCAAAAGUGUGGAGAGGCUGCAGUUCGAGAUGAAUGCUUGGGACCAGCUAUCUGCUCGCCCACUGUGUAUGAGUAGAAAUUCGAGUUACAUUCUUAUUUACAUGUAUAUGACUUGCACUGUUGCAUUAUAGAAAUGCUUUACUAUUGAAAAUAUGAAACCUCAUAGUCUAGUUUGUAAUAUAUUUUUGGGAUUUAUGUAAUUUAUUUCUUUUGAUGUUAGAAGUUUGGUAUUUAAGAAAAAAUGAAAGCUAUAUUGAUACGUGGAAUGUGAGCUUUGAGGAAUAAUUGAUGUUCAGUGGAAUUCCAACCAGUCCAGUGUACGCAGGGAAUGUGUUCUAGGAACAGGAGGAGGCCAUUCAGCCCCUCGAGCCUGUUCCACCAUUCAACUAGAUCAUGGUUAACUCCAAUCACCUGCCCAUUGUAACCUAUCCCUUAAUACCCUUGCCUAACUAAAACCUACCACUGUUUUAAAAUUUUCAAUUGACUGCUCCAGCUUUUCGGGCGGGGAAGAGAGUUCCAGAUUUCCACACCCCUUUGUGUGAAGAAGUGCUUCCUGACAUCACCCCUGAACGGCCUGGCUCUCAUUUCAAGGUUCUGCCCCUUUGUUGUGGGCUCCCCCCUGCCAGAGGAAAUGGUUUCUCACAGUCAACCCUUUCAAAUUCUUUCAUCAUCUUUAACGCUUCGAUUAGAUCAGACCCACACUCCGCUCCUAUCAGGCUAUCUGUGCACAAUAUCGCACGCUUAUUAAAACACCGGGCAAGAGAGGGGAGUGUUUAAGUUCCCACUUUUUGACCAGAGAGCUCGUGCUUCAGUUGGUGGAGGGGGAGCAUUUCAAAACCUGCCAUCAAAGCCCCAAGUGACUACUCGUAAGGAGCUGUUAGCGAGGUGAUUAAUGCCCUCGCUGCACGUUCACCAGCAAUAAGGAAGCAUCAAGCCUGGAUUCCCACCCCCUCCUGUUUUCGGCACUUGGCAAAAACUGUCAGGAAAAAGUCCACCCCCUUGAUCCUUCAGCUAGGAUCCAACGCCCAGAACAUAACGUGGUGUUAGCGGUUUGAGGCCUUGGUCACUGUCCUUCAGUGUACACUACACUGGUUGCCUGUUCCAGGUUUUUCUGUUAGGGUAAUGUUUCAAAUUAUCUGGCCAAGCCAAGAACAACCAGAGGAUAGACCAGGAGGAACAAACCUGGGCAGUCCUCCCAAGCUUGGAGCUCACUAAACCACAAGCAUUGGUUUUAUCUCUUUGUAUUGUAUGAAUGUUUAAAGCCUACCCGUGCUUGAGAAUAUUUUUAUACUGUUUGUGCAACUGUAUUUCUCAAUUUUUUGUAAGAGUGGGGAAAAAUAGGGCCAUUUGUAUUUUCUCUGUCUCUGUGUUUUGCAAUAAGAUUUAAAAUAAAUAUCUCUCUUACUGA